AUGAAAGCCGGGAAAGCUCUCCACGCUAAACAUGCGGAGAUCAGAGUACAAUUCAGACAUGUUCCAGGCAACUUAUACAAAAGAAACCACGGAAGAGAUCUCGACAGAACAACCAAUGAGCUUGUCAUCAGAGUACAACCUGACGAAGCUAUAUAUCUAAAGAUCAACAACAAAAUCCCCGGACUUGGCCUCCAUCUCGACAGUAGCAAUCUGAACCUUCUUUAUUCCGCCAAGUAUACCAAAGAAAUCCCAGACGCAUAUGAGAGACUCAUACUGGAUGCUAUUGAUGGUGAACGAAGAUUGUUCAUCAGAAGCGACGAAUUAGAAGCAGCUUGGGCAAUCUUCACACCUCUGCUCAAAGAGUUAGAACAGAAGAAAAUUGCACCAGAACUCUACCCUUAUGGUAGUCGAGGACCAGUCGGCGCCCACUACCUUGCCGCCAAACAUAACGUCCGAUGGGGCGAUUUAAAUUAA